AUGAAUGGCACCAGUUCGGGGUUCACCUGCGUCGUUCGGGUUAAUAAUCGCGAAUACCAAACCGACGAAGUGUGCCAGACGGAACUGCUUGCCCGCGAGAAGGCUGCCAUGCGUGCCUAUCUGAUCUGCCGGAAUUUCUCCGUCAAUGACGGCAUGUACCCUGCCGGCCACGAUCACGGAGGCAUUGUCCAGGGUAUUCCCGUUGCCAUUGGUACGGGUCGAAGGCCUCGAUACCCCGAUGACACCGAUACGUCCACGACCAGCAGCGGUGGGAGUCGAAGCGGAGGCAGCAGCCCUGAAAGUUAUGAUAGAGGUAGGGUUGUUCAUCGGGAUCGUCCGGCGCCUGCGCCCGCCAUCGCCCUGGCAUACAGCUCCCGUUAA